AUGGAGCACUGUCAUACCCUUCUCUCGAAUGAGUCUUUAGAGGAGCUCUUAUCAUAUUAUUUUCCUAAAAAUGGAAAUGAUGGCAGCAAUGAUAGAGAUACCUUUGAUUUAGAUAACGUUGCACCUUCAAGUCCCACCAAUGCAUUGCAGUUCGCUUGUAGUGAUAAUGAUGACUCAAGCUUUCAGAAUUCUGUGCAUGGCUUAUUUGAGCAGCCUGCGAGGGAGACAGUUCUGAGAAAUCGAUCUGCAACCAAAGCCUCCGUUAGGGGGAGCUUUUCUACUACUUCUGCAAAUACAGAAAGUUGUAAUGUAACUAAUGCUAAUUGUGGUCUGACUUUCCCUGUGAAUGGAAAUACUCAGCCAAGCACGCCUGCAACCAUUUCUACUACAGAAAAUGCUUUUGCUUUGGUUCCUACUCCUGUUUCAAUGGGUAGUAAUGAAGUUUGUCCUCCUGAUAACAAGACACUUAGUCUGAACCAAACAACAGCAAGAAAUCCCAUGUUCAAAAGAACUUCAGUAAGAACUUCAGUAAGAACUUCAAAGUACCGUGGAGUCGCCAAACAUAAAUCGACAGGGAGAUAUGAAGCCCAUUUGUGGGACAACAGCUUCAUUAAAGAAGGUCACAAACGAAAGGGUAGACAAGUAUAUUUGGGUGGCUAUGGCACCGAAUUGGAAGCAGCCAGAGCAUAUGAUAAGGCUGCUCUCAAGUAUUGGGGUGACAAAAGCAAAAUAAAUUUUCCAAUAACUGAUUACAAAGAAGAGCUCAAAGUCAUGAAACAGAUGACCACCGUAGACUAUGUUAAUUAUCUCAAAAGGAAGAGUAGUGGCUUUACAAGAGGCGAAUCAAUUUACCGUGGAGUAACAAGACACCAUCAAAAGGGAAAGUGGCAGGCUAGAAUUGGAAGAAUUAAUGGAAACAAAGACGUAUACCUGGGAACAUACAGUACCGAGGAAGAGGCAGCUGUGAUAUAUGACAUUGCUACAAUCAAAUCUCGAGGCAGUGAUUCAGUUACAAACUUUGAUAAGAGGUUUUAUAACGUCGCAAGAAUUAAAAGCAGCUCACUACCUAUAGGACAACUCAUAACUUACAUCAAGGAGACAGGAUUAAGAAAUGUUGAUGGAAUUGUGAAUGCACCCAGAAUUGAGGAGAACAAUAGAAUGGGUUCACGAAGAGGUGCUGCCAGCUAUGGUAAUGAUGCUGUUGAAUCCAAAACUGCUUUUGAGCAGCAACAAAGAAAUCCAUUGCUGUCAACAUCACAAUCACACAGUGGGUUGUGGUAUAAACCUGCAGAUGAUAUGCAGGCUGUCACCAGUAUUUCUCAUUCUCAUCUUGGGCGACCCAUCUUGUCAUCAUCAAACCAGGCUGUCCUUCAGACUGUUAUGGGCUUGGGACCUGAAAUUAUUAAUAAGGCCAAUAACAUAGGUUCAAUGUCUGGAAUCUAUACCAACAUUUCAGAUAUUUUGGCAGCCAAUGGCUUGGGGCUAUCCAAUUCAUCUGUUAAUUUUGCUAAUCCAUCUGAUCUCUUCGCCACUAAUAAUUUUCAGACAAUUCAGAUGGGGGACGAUUCAAAUGGAUUGGGUACUGCAAAUUUUGAAGGCAAUGAUUUCUUGGUAAGAAAUGCAACCUACUUAAAUACCCAACAGUUCACAGGGCCUGGCAGAUUAGAAAAUCAGAAUUUGAUGCAUAAUAGCUGGAUUGUAGAACCUCUUCAAUCAUUGCCACCUCAAGCUAAUCCCUCGUAUGGCCACGCUUGUAUAUCCUCUCCACCAUGGAACAGUUAA